AUGACUAAUGGAGAGGAACAAAUUGAACCUGCUGUGACUGUUACUGCUAACACAGUUUCGGGGAUGCCAGGUCCUAGCCGUCCUACUGCACCUGCAACGGCGAUGCCACCAGCGGAAAAGCCGGGGAAAUUUUCUGGUGUUGACUUUAAGAGAUGGCAGCAAAAGAUGUUCUUUUAUCUAACCACUCUAAGUCUGCAAAGGUUCAUUCAAGAGGAUGUUCCAGUCGUGCCUGAAGGAACCCCUGACAACGAGCGCUUCCUUGUUACUGAGGCUUGGAAGCACUCUGAUUUUCUGUGCAAAAAUUACAUUUUAAGUGGGCUGGAAGAUGGCUUGUACAACGUUUAUAGCGUCAUGAAAACAUCAAGAGAAUUAUGGAAUGCUCUUGAAAAGAAGUACAAGACUGAAGAUGCUGGACUUAAGAAGUUUGUGGCCGCCAAAUUUCUGGAUUUCAAAAUGAUUGACGGUAAAUCUGUCAUAACGCAAGUCCAAGAAUUGCAAGUUAUUGUUCAUGACCUCCUUGCUGAAGGUAUGGUCAAAAAUGAAGCGUUUCAAGUUGCGGCAUUUAGUGAAAAGCUGCCUCUGCUGUGGAAGGACUUUGAGAAUUACUUGAAACAUAAGCGCAAAGAGAUGACGCUUGAAGACCUUAUUGUUCGUCUACGGAUUGAAGAGGACAACAAGGCUGCUGAAAAGAAAUAUCGUGGAAGUUCAACAAUAAUGGGUGCAAAUAUUAUUGAGGAAGCUUCAACGAGUAAAAAGAGAAAGAAGUCGUCUGGAUCAAAGAAUUAUCCAAGCAAGAAGAAGUUCAAAGAAUGCAACCUAGUCGGAAAUCCUAGAGAAUGGUGGAUUGAUUUAGGAGCAACUCGACAUGUUUGUGCUAACAAGGAGUUGUUUACUUCAUAUGCUCCCGCUGGACCCGAUUAA